AUGCGGGGGAGCGGGUCUUCCGUGCAUAGUUUAACGUGGUUGUGGGAUAAAAUGCCCGUCCUAGUUGCGGAGAAGGCACGUAGCAAUGGGCCGUGGCGGUUACGAGUCUCCGCCGCCCUUGAAAGCACCCGGCGUUUUGUAGGCGAGCGUUUGGGAUAUUGUGAUAUCAGUUGUGAAAAGGGUCAUCAAGUCGACGGUAAUGUGUGGUACGCUGAACAGUAUCUUUACCCAAACCAUUGGCAACCUGGAUCUGGUUUGAGACCAAAGCUAGUGGACGACGGGGAGUCGCGUACUUGGUUGAGAGCGUGGGCGAGAGCAGUUCUAGUACCUCUCUCUAUAUUGCUGUUUGCAUUCUUCUUGUACAUCAGCCUGUAG